AUGCACGCCCCCGGCCGCCAUCCCUGGGGCUCUGCCCGGCGGGCGCCCGCCGCCGACCCCAGCGCGGAGCCCCGAGCGGCGCUACACAGCAGCCCGGAGCUCAGUCGGGCCACGCGGCUCAGCGUGGGGGAGCUGCGCUCCCUCUUCGAGGCGCGCUGCGCCGCCGUCGCCGCCGCCGCCGCCCGGCAGCUGCCCGACCCAGCCAAGCGGGGCUGCCGGCCCCCCAACGGCGUGCUGCCGCCCGUCAUCCCGCGCCUCACCGUCACCGCCGAGGAGAGCGAAGAGUCGCAGGGCAGCCCCGAGGCGCCGCCGGCGCACACGGAGGGCGGCUGGCUGAGGACGGGCGGCUCGCUGCACUUGCAGUCCCGCAGGCUGUCCACCUCCUCGCUCUCCUCCACGGGCUCGUCAUCCCUCCUGGAGGACUCGGAGGACGACGUGCUGAGCGACACGGAGGGCAGGAGCCAGGGCAUCGUGCACCUGGAGCGCGGCGACGACUCCAACCAGAAAAAAGCAUGGCAUACAAUUAAAACCAUGGUUAAUUUACCAGUGAUUAGCCCCUUCAAGAAACGCUACUCGUGGGUGCAGCUGGCUGGGCAUACAGGGAGUUUCAAGGCAGCUGAUAGUGGUAAGAUUCUCAAACGCUUCUCAGAGAAUGAAAAGGAAUGUUUUGAGCGACUGAUGAAAGAUCCACUACGAUCCUGCGUCCCUUGCUUCCAUGGUGUGGUGGAGAGAGAUGGAGAGACCUACAUUCAGCUGGAUGACUUGCUUACAGAUUUUGAAGGGCCAUGUGUGAUGGACUGUAAGAUGGGGAUCAGGACAUACCUGGAAGAAGAGCUGACUAAAGCCCGUGAGAAGCCAAAGCUGCGUAAAGACAUGUACAAGAAAAUGAUUGAAGUGGAUCCUCUUGCUCCCACAGCUGAAGAGAAUGCUCAACAUGCUGUCACCAAGCCCCGAUACAUGCAGUGGAGGGAAACAAUCAGCUCUAGUGCCAACCUGGGCUUUAGGAUUGAAGGGAUUAAGAAAGCAGAUGGAACAUGCAACACAAACUUCAAAACUACGAAGACACAAGAGCAAGUUCUCCAAGUUUUUGUGGAAUUCAUUGAGGGCAACACAACUAUUCUGAAAAAAUACCUCAAGCGUCUGCAGGAAAUUCAUAUCGUUCUUGAAUCCUCAGACUUCUUCAAGCGACAUGAGGUCGUUGGAAGUUCACUACUUUUUGUACAUGAUGGCAGUGGGAAUGCCAAUGUGUGGCUGAUUGAUUUUGGGAAGACCACCCUUCUUCCUGAUGGGCAGACGCUGGAUCAUAGGAUCCCCUGGCAAGAAGGCAACAGGGAGGAUGGGUACUUGUUGGGACUGGACAAUUUGAUUCGCAUCUUGGAAAGCAUCACGGAAAGAUGAGUUGAAAGUGACACAAAACUUACAGGGCUGCUUUGUAACUAACUUUCUUCUCUACUGAGAUCACUCAGAAGGAAACUGCUUUAACUCACUCCCUUCAGACUCCUGAGGUCAUCACAGUGCAGAGGGAACUACAUCCAGAACCCAGCAGCUAAUUAUCAAAAUGACUUUGCAUCAGCCCUCUGUGAACCUAAAUAACUAACUCCAGAUUGGUCUGCAUUGCACCAGCCUAACGCAAGACUGGUCCUCAGAGAAUCAAGAUCUCCAUACUCAGGAACCACACCAGCAUGAGUCAAGAGGUCUGUAUGGUAAACCAGAAUGAUUCUGAUUUCUGGUAAACUGAUGGGACUUCCAGAUUACCUCUCAGUGAUCCAGAGCAAAUGCUUGGGAAUUCAGGGGAGGAGUAACAAUUUUUCAGGGAACUGGAUAGUUUUGAAACCAGCAGGAGUGUUUCUUUUCUUUCACCCUAAUUCCAAGUCUUCUUGCUCCUGUGUAAACUAUAGGUUGGACUAACAACAGCUGCUGCCUUAUGUUAUGGGUGUACUCAAGGUGGAAAUCGAUGAUAAGCAGAAGAAUCCUGGAGCAAAGUGAGACAGCAGUUGUAGUGGCUGUAUGUGGUAACUGUUGUUGAUUAGUCCUGCUCAUCCCCACCUUAGCCUCAAUUCACUUCUGUCCAAGAGCAGCCUUUGCUUUUUUAUGUAGCCUCUGAGGAGAUUACAGAUAGUCCAGGGAGAGAGUAGCAGCCUGUUGUCUCCAGAAACAUUUGACUUUUCAAACUGGGUGGGCUGUUGGGAAAGUGCCUAGCUUGGCAGGUUUGGCCUCUUGCAGCUGAACUACAGCUGUGAAAAUCAGUUACUGCACUCUAGCACUCAGACUGGGGACUAAGGGGGUUUUUCAAGGCUUGCUCAUUUUUAACAUAAAACUACUGUACACAUGCACAUACAUGCACACACUAGUAGCCAGUAAGCAAUGUGAUCUUUUAAGAUUAUAGUUUGACUGUCUUCUGAUGCACAUGAAAGAGGUGAUUUCUUAACCGUGCUCCUAUUCCCAAGUACAAUGCUGCCACUGAAGUGUGUAGACUUAUGUAAGUACUUUUAUAUAAAAGUGUAUAGUGCAGCAAUCAGGAAAGUAAAGUUCCUGCAUUCACAGCAUUACACUAAAGAUAAUUCCUACGCAUUCCUCCUCCAAUAUAUCAGCUGUUAACUCAGGGCAGUUUGGGGGAAGGAAUGUCAAUAUAUCACAUCCUUUAAUCCCUGUCUGGAAUCACAGGACCACUUUUGGUUUACUCUUUUCUGCUGUGGCCCAGGCACAGCCACAGAAAAUUCACAGUGAUUCAGUGUUUAGAUUAAAAUCAAGAAAGUCUGAAGUGAUACUUCUUACACUGGCUUCACACACCAUUUCUGUUGGUUGCCUCUUGUCACUUUAACAGUUCUAUAAAUAUAACAGGAUAUAAAGACCAUCAGUAUUCGCCUGUUCACUUACAUUCCAGGCUUUAAUAUAAAUACAUGUCGAUGCAGUUGCCAAAAUGAGGACAUGACUGAAGAUUAGUGUUUGAUUAAUUCACUUUUAACAUCUUGAGCUGGUAAUGCACAUCGAUCAGAAAUUGCUUCUCUUGCGAGUGUCCUGUGCUCAGAAGAGAUUCCAAGAACUGCAUCUAUCCAAGGAUAGAUGAAGGUAACUCGGUGCUUUGGGGAGCAGCUUUUUCAAGAAUAACUAACUGUGACCAUGAGCAAAAAUCCUGUAGAGCUUAGCUCUGGAAUGAAAUGCAUCUGUGACGUUUGUAAUUUGAAUCAAAGGGAAAUCAAAGAGUUAGUUUUGAUAACAGACUCUUGUACUAUGAGAUCAGAUUUGAGAACUUAUUCAUCACCUCUCAACAAAACAGCAGUAUUAAAAAUGCAAUUGUGCCCUGAAGGUUAGAGGACAUAGAAUGGAUAUCCUGUGGGAAGUAGUGAGGUGUGAAGACAUUUCCUUGUCAAAGAGGUUGUUUGAAACUGCUAAUUAUUUUUGCAGUUCGCUGCAAAUUCAGACUUCUUCUGUGGCCUUCUAGAGUCCUUCUCAAUUUAUUUUCGUGAUAGUAUGCUAAUGAAUUUUCCACUGUUUUGUUUUGUUUUUUUCUCAGAGAGUUUUUUAGCUAUUUCAAAGAGUUUACACUUUUUUUUUUUUUUUUUUAAAUUGUGGUGAGCUUCCAGUAUUGAGCACGCAUGUUAUAAUUUCUGAUGCCUCCUAACUUUGGAAUUCCUAUGAGAUGACAAAUUAAUCUGUGGUGGUUUUCAUACUAUUAAUUAAGAAAAAGUCCUCCUCCUUUUCUGCAGCCAACAGGUAAACUGCCAGCUAGCAUUGCUUAAGGAGAAAAAAAGGAGUAAAUAAAUCUCACAGGAUUACCUUUAAUAACAAGGCCUUUUCUCUAAGACUGCAGUUUCAGGGAUUUAGGAAAAAAAAACAACCAAAACCAGACAGAACUGGAAAAGGUUAAAUAAAGCAUAAUGAGACAGGGUGAUACAAUUAAUUAGUGGUCUGCCUAAUUAACUUUCAUAAUGCUUUUUUUCUGUUAACACGUGUGAACCUUUUGCAUCAGUGCGUUAUUUUCUGGAUGGGGGUGGGAUUUAGGGGGUAAAAGUUAGGUGAUACUCCAAUGUCAAUCGAGAAUGUGUCAUGAACUUUUAGAAUUAAUGUCUUGUUUUAAAGAAGUAGAAGCAAUGUGGUACUUCAGUACUUCAGUACUUCAGAAACCUGACUGCUGCUAGCACCUCCGAGGGUGGUUUGUAGACCCUCAUGUUGGAGAUAACAAGGGAACCUCUUCAGAGCUGUGCAGUAGGAAAGGUGCAAAGGAAGGAGCUUUUCAUUAGCAAAUGGCAAGUAUAGGACUGCAAAUGUGAGGACUGGAGCUCUCAGGGACUGGAGGCUGUGAGAUCAUGAGCAAAUGAUCACAGGGCUUUAGUAUCUACUAUUUCCUGAUAAAAAACUGGUUCUGAGACAUCUGGAAGCUGACAUUGCAACUCUGUUCCCAACACCAUGCAAAGUUUGAAGGCUUUCUUAGAGGACAUGGAAGAUUGAUAUCUUUAGAUUGAUAUCCUGCUGCUUUUUUCCUUGAACAGUAAAUGUGGUUUAUUAGUGAAUAGCAGAAGUUAUUAAUAGAUAUUUAUUACCAGGUAUCAGUUUUAGAGGUAAAAAUGCCUUCUAGAAAAGCUUCUGGCGGCAUCCACUUGACAGGAAGCAUGGCUCUUCCUCCCUUGCGAUAGUAACUUGCUCUGGGAAAGAUUAAAUAUAUGCAGAAUGUCACACAGCAUCAAAGGGCUAAGAUGUAUAAAAGAUCCUAUCACCACAGCAACAGGAACUGGAGAGAGUGCAUGCAGUACUGGGGGCCAAAUAAGAAAAAAUCAUCACCAAGAAUUGCACCAUCUGAGUAGUAUUUCAUACCAUGUUUGCAACUGAGAUGGAAAAAUGAUGAUGUUUAGGUGCACAGCUGAAGAGAUCAAAUGCACUGAAGUUGUGCAUGAGGCACUGAUACAGAAAAUUUUCUUGACCUCAUAUAUUUACAGUUACGAAUAUUUUUAAAAUUUGAGAUUAUUUGUGAUCAACCAGCUUAUAAAUUUACCUGAGUUUGGUUUAGCAUCCAUAUGUGUUUGCAAUGCUCUCUAGGACCCAGUCUGGAACGAUACAAUUUGAGUGUAUUUGCUACUAGGCAUAGAUGUGUUAAUUUACAGUCUGUUUACCCCAGUUAGUUAACUGGAAAUCAAAUUCAGAAAUGUAAUAGACAGUUCAGCUGCUUCAAAUUAGAUGAGGCAGUUCAAACCAUUUAAAUGGAUACAGAUUACUGAGUAAUUCAUGUGACUGAAAUGGCCUUUCACUUACCUGUAGAUAUCUCUGGCCAUCCCAAAGUCACCAAUUUUGGCUAUUCGGCCUGCUCCAGUGCAGGUCAGAAGGCAAUUCCUUGCAGCUAUAUCUCUUUAAGAAAAAAGAGAAAAAGGAAGAAAGAAAAAAAAAGCACAUAAGAGAAAACUUCUUCACUGUGAAGGGAACAGAACACUGGAACAGCUGCCCAGGGAGGCUGUGGAGUCUCCUCUGGAGAAGUUCAGAACCUGCCUGGAUGAUCCUGAACGAUGUGCUGUAGGUGACCCUAUUUGAAGCAGGAGGGCUGGACUAGGUGGCCCCAUAUGGUCCCUUCCAUCCUCAGCCAUCUGUGAAUGGAUAAUUCUGUCUAAUUUUGAACUCCUAACUAGCUAAAGGAAUAAAGAAAGAAAGUUACAUCCAGCUCUACAAGUCUUAGCUGAGUCAUCUUAACACAGAUGAGGAUAACUUUAGUGAAAACAAAAACUAUUCUAACUACACAAUCAUUUUCAUUAACUGUAAUUAUUAAACUGCAUUUGCAUUA